AACUAACCGACCUUGUGGUCUUUCAAAUUUGAAUCUUACUCGAAAAUGCUCAACCUAAGACUUCAACGGAUCGUUAGAAAUGCUCAAAGGGGCCUUUCGCAGCAAAAGCCUUUAGCCGCUCAGAAAAAUAAAAUGUUGGCAUGGUGCAUUCAUUCUUAUGGAGAUCUAGAUGAAUUAAAAUUAGCCGAAAAUAGAGCUCCUAUUUUGAACAAUCCCGAUGAUGUACUGGUUGAAGUUAGGGCAGCGUCAGUAAAUCCUAUUGACUCUGCUAUGCUAGCUGGAUAUGGCCGAGCAUCUUUUCAGGUUUUAAGAAAUUUUGAAAUAGAAUUUCCGCUAGUCCUUGGUAGAGAUUUUGCAGGCGUAAUCGUUGGCAAAGGACAGAAUGUAUGCAACUCAUUUAAAAUAGGAGAUAUGGUCUAUGGUUUCAUACCUCUGCAUAAGCAGGGAUCUUUUGCGGAGUUAGUAAAUGUUUCACAGUGUUACAUUCUGCCUAAACCGUUUUCUUUGACAAAUGAAGAAAGUGCGUCUCUCGUGUAUGCAACAAUGACUGCUUGGGGCGCCUUAUUUUUAACUGGGAACUUGCUGGUGAAGCAAAAAAGGGGGUUGAGGGUUUUGGUGUUGGGUGGAUCUGGUGGAGUUGGCACUGCCACUAUACAACUUUUAAAAUCUCAAGGGUGUGUGGUAUAUACAACCAGCUCUAGUGAUGCUAUUCCAUUGUUAACUUCUCUUGGUGCUGAUGUUGUCUACGACAGAAAUGAUAAAGAUUAUGAGAGACUUGUGUGUCAAGAAGGAAAAUACCAUAUUAUUCUUGAUGCUGCCAAAAUAGGGAUUGAAAAUAUCCCAAAAUCAUGGGACUAUGAAACCUAUAUUACUCUCAACUCACCUCUUUUGACCAAUAACGACGAUCGAGGCUUGUUGUGUGGCACUGCUGCCAGCAUAAGAAAUUUGUUAGAAAAUAAUGUCACCAGAAUUGCAUCGGGAAGAACAGUUAGAUGGGGAUUCUUUGUGCCUUCUACUAGCGGAUUUGAAUUUGUGGACAAACUGAUCCGUUCGGGAGAAAUCAGACCAGUUAUUCACAAGCAAUUUAAGUUCUGUGACUUGCCAAACGCUAUUCAGUGUGUAAGAGAUGGCCACUUAAGAGGCAAAGUGGUUGUUAAUUAUGAGUAGGCAGGGGUAACGUUUAC